GUCCCACAUCCUGGUACUUUUCAGCGUUGUCAAGGCAGCCUCAGAGCACGGCUGGCUGGCGGAAAGUAGCUGCAGUGUCCUGGCAAAAUAUCUGUCCAAAAAACGUUCACUAAAACUGUCCCGGAAAGUUAGGUGUAACUAAAAGGACACCUGCAUUCCGAUGUGAUGUCUGAGAGAUUUGGCAGCUGCUCAGCAGAGCACAAACACCUACUGCCGCAUAAAACAGAAGGACGGCAUGUGAGUUAAUGGCAGUGAGGAUUCUGGACUGAGGGGAUGAAUUGAACCAGUGUGUCAAGGGAAGAGCCAACCAAUACUGUUGGAUGAGAACUGAUGGGCUGUCCAAGCUGGCGAUAGCAUGCCAACUGCAAAAGGUAAAGGUGGUCCAACGUCCCAUCGCUACCGGCCUGCCGCAGAAUAUGAUGAUGCCACCCUCGCCCAAAAGAGAGAAUACUGGAGAAACAAGAAGCGAGAGCAGAGGGCUCGACUGUCCGAGAGGAGAAGAAAGCCAACGCAAGACAGAGGGAAAAAGCUCCUACAUCUAAAUCCCCCUGCAGCGGUGAAUUCCAGUUUAUCUGGCUCCUUUGCUGCUUUCUCAUCUCCUUUGCAGAGUAAUGAUGAGUCAGACAAAACAGCCAAUGUCUCUCCUGUAUUACAGAUUGGAAAUACAGUGGGGAACAGCUCAGUUGAAGCCACCCAAAACCAAAAGGAGAAGUGGCUCCAGACAAUGAAACUCAACAAGGUCUUGCCUCAGUUGCCAGCAUCGUGUUCCAUCUCAGCCAAAACUGCUGUGGGUGACGCAGCCACAGUGAAAUGUUUAACAGCAAGGGGUGCUGUGAGCAGAGCCGUUACCUCACCCACACCCAGUGGAACCCAGCUGAACACCAGUUCCUCAGUGCCUCCAGUCAGAGUGACCAGAAUUACCAAUGGCAGCUCCGCUAAAACAACACCUCAGCCAUGUGUGUCUAUGCAGGGAGCAUCAGUCUCCAAAACGCAACAUAAGGCACAAGUUGCAUUACGCAUUCAGCCCAAACUCUUACCCACUAAUGUGACCACAGGUAUGAUUCUUGUGUCUUCUUCACAUGGCCCUGUUUCUGUUAGAAAAGAUGGCAAAGCAGCGAACACAACACCUCAGAGUGGAACAAAGAGUGCCUUGGUCACCCUGCAUAGGGCUAAAGGUGUUAGCAACUCACAUCCUUCCCUGGAGUCCGAGGAGGAGAGAGCGGCCAAGCGCAGGGAGCACUGGCGGAUCAAAAAGCGAGAGCAGAGAGCGAAGGUGGCAGCUCGAAUAGCUAAAACCAGAGAAAGGACACAGGGUGUGGAGAUGAUGUUACACAGGCAAACAGCACAAAAAACGGGACUUGUGGGUGGCACGAUUCUUCAGAAUCUUACACCCAGAGGAGAGGGCCAGAAGUGUCCUACUCGAGUCAAAACUUCAUUUACAUCUGCCAAAAGGGAAAAUGAUAAACUGCAAAGCGGGGCAGCAAGUUUAGCUACAGCUAACCUGCAAGCAGAUCAGAUAAACGUACAAAAUCCACCUGGGAAUAGGACGACACAGACAUGCAUCACAUCUGAUGUUAUUUCUGUGAAAAAGCCGGGGGAGACACAAAGAAAGUUUCCAAGUUAUGUCUAUCUUUCCAAUGUUUCCCGAGGGAUUGCACGCUGUAAAACACCUAGACAGAGGUUCAUCGAAGCCCAGAAGAAUUUCAUGAAUCAAAGAAAUAUAAGAUGUAAAUCCCCAUUGCUUGCCUCAGUCUUUGGUACCAGAAAUAUCCCCAAGAUUGACCCCAAUGACACACCUGAGCAGAUAAUAGCCAAACGGCGAGAGUACUGGCGGAUUAAAAAGCGCGAGCAGCGGGCUAAGCUGUCGAUGGAGGUGAAGGCUCGGUUGAAGGAGAAGGACUCACUGAUGCGGAGAGUAAAACGCUACCAGAAAAUCCUCGAGGAGAUGAGGAGGGCCAGAGCGCUUACGCAGUCAGCAGGAAGCACCCUCACGCACGCCUCUGAGACCAUUGGAGGAUUCAUCAAAGAGGACGGGACAGUGACUAUUAACAUUCCCCAGGUUCCUACAGAUCACAACACUGCAGCACACAAAAGUGAAAAGGAACUUCUUGUAGUUUCUAAUAAUACCCCUGUCACAAAACCUCAGCAUCAGCCUGAUACUAAACAGAGAAGUAUCGCACCCAUUCGUGUAAACCAGCCUCCCCCUCCACUCCACCCAGCUCAGGUGAAAGUCUCGUUGUCUCUUCCUGUACAGUCUGUCAACAAACCUCCAAGACUACUGUCAAUCAGACCAAGGACACAACUUGAAAGCACAACUGUUCCAACUAAUCUCUCGUUAGCAAUCCAAACUGUAAGUCAGCUCACACUCACUCAUCCUCAGACCCCUCAAAAUGGCAUCUCUGGAGGAUCAACAACAGGAUCUAACCUUGGUGGCUGUGUCAUGAAAAUGGCGGUCUCAAGUAGUGCACCAGCAGUACUCUCUCUGGAUCCAGAGAUGACAGAGGAGGAGAAGAUGGCAAAGAAGAGGGAAUACUGGAGGAUAAAGAAACGUGAGCAGCGAGCAGCUCGUGCUGCUCGGCUGAAGCAGGGUGUCUUGCAAGCGAGGGUCAGUGCGGCCUUACAGAGGCGGAAGGCCCAGAGGCAAGUAGCAAUAAGCACUGUACCAAUAGGCAGGAGGCGUUCUAACCAUACAGGAAAUGCACAACCUCUCCCCAACAACAGUGUGCCUGUUACACCACAUAGAAGUGAGAUAAAACAAGAGAGUGAGUCUGUGCCAGCGGUUGACCUAAAUUCUCAACCAGAGCAAGCCAUCUGUCCAGAUAUCAAACCCCCAACACCACCUCCAGCGCCUCAGCCAGAGCCUGACCCAGCUAUGAAUGCAGACAGCCAAGCUACUACUCUGUUAGCUGUGGCCUCUAUGAAGAAACUCCUGGAGGAAUCACUUAGCACAGUGGCGGAGUGUAAAAGUGAGCAGACUGACAUUAAAAUAGAGUCAACAGAAGAGAGUUCAGAUUCAGAGAUGAAGCCAAAUCUAUCUCAGCUCUUUUUUGAAAAGGAUGAGGUGGCUCCUAUGGCUGCUGACCUGACAUUGGAGAUAAAGAGCUGGCAGCCAGACACUGAUGCUAUGGUACAAACAGGUUCAUCAGACCCUCAUCUGAAGGACUCACCACAAAUUACAGAGACACCACCUCUUCCUACCUCUAGUGAGGUAGUCCUGCACCCCACCUGUGAGCACUCAUCCCAAACCACCUCGAACUUCAUAGUAAACCCCAUGGAAGCCUCUGAUGGCCCAUCUUCACCACGUAGAACCCAGAGACUUCGCAACAAAAAAGCAGGCCAUCAAAACUGCUGUUCCCCAGAGCCGCCAAAGCUACAUCACCUAUCCAUGGAUCAACUACUGCAACAACACUGUGAACAACAGUGUCAGGCACAAGAACAAUGCCAAAACAGCAGCUUUCCAUCAGCACAACGACAUUGCAGUGUGGAGAACAGCGGCCUGACCAGCCUGCAGAGGAAGAGGGAGUACUGGAAGCUGAUGAAGAGGCAGCAAAGGGCCAGGUUAAAGGCAAGGCAGACAGAAAUACCGGGAGAGGGAAGCAGUCAGCUUUCCCAGAAAAACAUCCAGGCUCCAGGUCUCCUUAUUAUCAACACUGUUAAGGGUAUAAAUCCUCCAGCAAAACCAUCCCUUCAGCCCAGGCCAUCUGUUGCUUCUCUGACUGCAGUGACCAGUAUUCCUACGGUCCUGGUUGUUAGCCCUACAACAUGUAAUGCUGACCAGUCACCUGAUACACUCCAGGUCAAAUUGCCAGUCGCCAGUGUUUCCUGUUCACCCAGAAGUGAGCAAAACAAAGUGAAUGUUGGGCCUGCACAGAUUGAAUCUGACUAUCUAGAAGCUGUAGAUAAUCAGCAACAAGCCAUGCCAGGAUCGCGAAAGUGGAUGUCUAGAAGCACAGAUGUAGACUCAGUUCCCUGCCUCCCUACUCUGAAGCCCCCAGACAACCCACUGUCCAGCAUCAACCUGCAACCCAUUGAACCCCUUGGUCAAACACCAGAUUCCACCCUCAGUCCAAUAAAAAUCCAUUGUGCCCAACUUCAGAGCCCUGCACAUAUGAUACAUUCUUCCACUAAGCUGGCACCUAUAAGCACCAUGGUUCCACCAAAGCCCAUCCCAGGGGAGUCUGAGGAAGAUUAUCUGAGGAGGAAACGGGAGUACUGGAGGAUAAAAAAGAAGGAGCAGAGAGCUAGGAAGGCCAUCCGGGAAAAGGGAAUAAGCCCAAGGAGAAGCUCCAACAACUGGAGGCCCAUCCUGCCUGCCCAGGACCUACAAACACAGGAUUCUGGUCAGUGGGUGAGCUCAUCUGAGGAGUCAGAACAUCUAAUGAGCACUUUAGUGGAUACCGACCCGGGAUCAUUUCCAUACUCAAAUUACACAGCACCAGUAGAAGAUGAGUCGGAGCUUCUGUUCGCUGACUAUGAGAAUAACAACAACGAGGAAGGUCCAGUCUCAGAUGCUGUGUGGAGGAACCGCUACCUCAUGGACUACGAUCCUCUCAACCAGCUGCUGGUGUGCAUGGUGUGUGGGGAGCUGCAGUACUCACACAGCCUGGAAGGAGUGAGGGCCCACAUCGACGAGGCCCACCCAGACACCCUGACCCUGGAGCCAGGGGAGCAACAGCAAAUACUUGAGGCCUGGGACGAGCAGGUGUCCCAGCGGGAACGCUUCUUCACCAGCCAGCUCCAGCAGCACAGCGGGGCCCUGGCAGAAGCACACAACAGAGACCGAGUCAACUGAGGACCUCAGAUCAGGAGACAAAACCCAUGCUUUAUUUGUCUUAUUUAUUUAUUGUAAUGUUUUUUUUAUCAAUUUGUUUACCUUCAUAGAAAGUCACCUUGAAAGAGAAUGCUGUAUAGGGAACAUUCGCCCUGAAAAGCAGCUUUACCUCAUUUACUACCAGGGUUGUAAUGUGGGUUCAUGAAAGUCAGCAUCAAGUUUUAUAUUGAAGCUGCCACAACUGAGAUUUUGUGAUCAUAUUUAAAAUAUUUAAAAUAAAAACAUCCUGGGAAAUUAUUUUUGUGCUAAGUUAGGCUAAAAGCAUUCUAGACCUGUCUGAUAUAUUGAAAUCAUUUUCAUAUUCUUUCUCUACUUUAAUUCGGCCAUUUUAAACUUUAACAACCAUAAGCAUUCAGUGUUUCCUACAGACUUGUCUGAAAUAGCAUUAAGGCCAUCAGAGGACAAUAAAAACCUGUCUUUGAAUAGACUGUGUUACUUUUGCUGAACAGUGGCCAAUGUGGCCAUCAGUGCCAUUUACUAGAUAAUUGCAAUUUUCCCUCAUUUCCCAGGAUUCUCAUAAUUUUGCUAACAUUAGCUACCUUAAGAUACUGGCCAAGUAAGAGUAUGUAUCACUAUCUUUUAGGAGUGUCUUUUAUUUUCGUAGAUUUUAUAUUGCAAAAUUUCCAUUGCAAAAAUUUGGUGAAAGCAAACAAAUCUGUUCACACACUAUUAAAUUCUCUAUUUUCUUCUGAGACUUUUUGGGAUUUGGAAACCUAGCGAGGGAGACUGAAGACUAGAGCCACUGCUAUUGAGGUUCAGCAAAAUAUAGAGGAAAGGCUCCAGGUCAGAACAUAACAUAUGACGCACAUUUUACUUGACUCUCUUUUUUAAAUUAACUGUAAAUAACCAUUAGUCAUUUCCAUAUAAUCUUUUUUAUCAAAGCCACAGGGAGCCACUGGAGAUGGGCUAAAGAGUCACAGGUUGCCUACCCCUAUUCUAAGAGUUAUGUUAUUUCUUCUUUCAAAAGUUACACAGUCUUUCUUAAGCUAAACUGAUAAACAGUCAGUAGUUAAAAUAACUUUUUGUCAUAUUUGCUGAAUCUGCUGAAAGAGGGGAGAAAGAUAUAAACAUGCUUUGGGUUGGAUUGUUGACUCUCAUUUUCACUGUCAGUAUUAUUUGAUAACCUGGAAAUGAGACUCAAUAAUCAACUAUCUUUCUUGGCUCUGAUUGGUUGUUUUCAUCCAGGCCUGUUGGAUUCUUGCAAAUACCAUUAGGAGCACUAGGAGGAGCCAGAGGAACCUGAUUUUUUCACAGAUUACCUGUCUGAUGUUCUACUGUGACAAAAAGUUAUUUUUUAUAAAAGUUACCUACUGCAGCUUUAACUUCUGCAGACCCACUGUACCUUAUUCAGUAAUAAGCAAACUAUCCUAAAUAUAUCGCUGGUUUCAAAUGCAGAAUUAAUGUACAUCAAACAUUGUUGAACAAUUCAACUGAUGAAUAAAAUGUGUUAAACGUUAAAUACAAUGUCAGGAUGUGUUUGUGACAUUGAUAGAUGUCAUUGAUAGAUAAAUUCUACAUUAAAUUUAGAUUUAAACCCCCUGUUCAUCCAGCUAUAAGAAAAGAAACACAUACUUUAUACUGUAGUUCAUUUGUUUAAGAUAACAGUUACUCUCAGUUUUGUAUAAAGUUUUUUUCUGCUUUGCAGACAGGCUUGCAUUCAGGUCCAAGACUGUUCUAGACCCUUAUCAGAUAAUUGCAUGGGCGCCCUGAACUGUUUUUUGUAUGUGGUACAGCACCAUGCUGUUCUUUAAACCCUGAACCAUAUAUACAGUGGGGAGAAGAAGUAUUUGAUACACUGCCAAUUUUGCAGGUUUUCCCCACUUACAAAGCAUGUAGAGGUCUGUAAUUUUUAUCAUAGGUACACUUCAACUGUGAGAGAUGGAAUCUAAAACAAAAAUCCAGAAAAAUCACAUUGUAUUUUUUUAAGUAAUUAAUUUGCAUUUUAUUGCAUGACAUAAGUAUUUGAUACAUCAGAAAAACAGAACUUAAUAUUUGGUACAGAAACCUUUGUUUGCAAUUACAGGAGUCAGACGUUU